CUGCCGGCGCGGAGAUCAGUGGGGGAUGGAUGCUCGAGGGACGCGCACGCCCCGCCGCGCCAGGACUACGUUUCCCAGCGGCUCCUCCCGGGGCUGCACAUGCUCCUUGCUGCUCCCGGCGUCUCCCGGCAGCUCCCGGUGCAAUUCCCAGUGUGGCUCCCGGUGGACCCAGGUGCGGCUCCCGGUGCGGCUCCCGCCGCCAUCCUCGGUGCGUGGUCCCCAGUGGAUCCCAUCCCCAGCGUGGCUCCCGGUGCAGCCCCCGCUGACCGGGGCCUCCCCCCGCGCCAUGCCCCGGGGGCGAGCCUGGACGCAGGCGGAGGUCGGCAGCCUGCUGGCGCUGGUGGGGGGCUCGGGGGAGGCCGCCCUACUGAUGGCCUCCACCUCUCGGCCCAACGAGGCUCUGUGGCAGCAGAUCUCCCGCGGGCUGGCGGCGGCCGGCUACAGCCGUAGCGUGGCCCAGUGCCGCUCCAAGUGGAAGGCACUUAAGCAAGCUUUCCACUCGGAGCGGGAGACGCGACGCAGAGCCGGACUCCACUCCCCCCGUCUGCCUCCGCACUACCGAGCCAUGAAGAGCAUCUGGAAGGCUGCCGGUCGACCGGUUUUCCGCGAGCGGCGUCUGCUGGACCUGGGGAAGCUGCCUCCCAGGAGGCGCAGAUCGGUCCCUGCCACCUGCUCUCCAUCCUCACCAGUGCCACCAGAUUCCCAGGGCAUGCUGCUGUCUCCGCUGCUGUGGCAUGUGAAGGAUGAGCCGGAGAGCUCCUGCGGGGAGCAUAUCACUGGAGCAGUGCCUGACCCCACAUCUGUCCCAAACACCACUCACUGCAUCCCUCUCCUUCCCAUCCUGGGCAGCCAGACUGUCCUGAAGCAGGAAAGUGCUGAGCAGAAGGCAGGUUUCCCCAUUGAGACAUCCCUAGGGACGGGAGAAGGGAACAUUGUGCUGUCAAUGCCCACUGCAGCCCCCGGCUCUCCCAGACCCUGCGAGCAGACAGCAGCCAGUGAGGAUGUGUCAGACGCCAGCCUGCAAGGCUGUGGCGUGGCCGGCCUGCUGCAGAGUGUGCAGCAGCUGCUGGUGCAGAUUCUGCAGACGUCGCGACAGCAGCAGGCGCUGCUGGAGAGCCUCGCCAGCGACACCGUCUCCCACCUCCACCUCCUCUCACACAGCCUGGUGCAGGUGGGUGAGACCUUGCACCAGCUGCUGCUCCGUCCACAAGCCCCAACCGGCCAUGGUGCUCCGCACAUUCCCCUUUUUGGGGGCAGCCCCCCAGUGCCACUGCUCUCUGGGCUGCCUUGUGCUUCCCCAGAUCCCAAAGAGGAGUGCCGGGCAUCUCCUGGCUCUGGCUGCACCCUGCCGUGAGUGUGCUUGUGGCACAAAUCUUUAUAACAGGAGCUCUGGGGAUUUUAGAUGUUUAUAGAAGACACAGAUUUUAGUAACAUUAAA